CUUUGUAUCCAUUAUAAGGUCCUGCACUGCGCUUUCCCUCUCUCUGCGCAGAGCUCUCGUUCUUCAAUUCUUAAGCAUUCACUUACUCCCUCAGCCUUUUCAAGUCUCUCGCUCUUCGCUUUGCUGGAAACAUGCCGGUUUCUGGCAAACACCGACCUCUUGACGGCUCUUUCCCUCAUGAGCUCACCUCCAAUACUCCCUUUUCCAGCUGGACCUCGAAGAAGCCCAAAAUGCUAGUGAAUGAGACGAAUUCGCAGGCAUCAUCCGGACCUUCAUAUGAGGUUUUUAUAAGCUUUCGGGGAACUGACACCCGUCAUGGAUUCGCUGAUUGCCUUUACCAUGCCAUGGUUGGGGUCGGGAUUCUUGUCUUUAGGGACGAUGAAUCCCUUCGCGUCGGUCAAAAAAUUGGUGGUGAACUUCUACAAGCAAUUGAGAACUCCAAAAUCUACAUUCCCAUAUUCUCCAAAAAUUAUGCUUCGAGUCAUUGGUGCCUCCGAGAGCUCGCAUACAUGGUCGAGUGCACCUUGAAAUUGAAUGAGAACAAAGAGAUUCUGCCCAUUUUCUUGGAUGUGGAACCUGAAGAUGUCAAGCUCAAAACAGACUUAUAUAGCCAAGCUCUUGCAAAGCAUCAAGAAAAGUUUAGUGCAGAAGUGGAGUCAUGGAAAAAGGCUCUCAAUGAGGUGGACGAGAUAAAGGGAUGGAACUUGAAGAAAGAUCAAGGCCAAGGAGAUCUUAUAUGUUCGGUAAUUCAAACGAUUUCAGUUAAGCUGAAGGUUGCACAUGAAAACGUAACCGAGCAUCUAGUUGGAGUUGAUGAUCGCGUAGAAGAUAUAAUCAAAAUGUUGAAAGUGGGAUCUGAUAGUGUACGAUUUCUUGGAAUCCACGGAAUGGGCGGUGUUGGCAAAACAACUCUUGCUAAGGUUGUCUUCAACAUACUAUCUUCUAGCUUUGACGGAUGCUGUUUCCUUGCAAACGUUGGGGAAUCAUCAAAAGGCAAUAAUGGUCUGGUAAAUUUGCAAAAACAAUUGUUAUCCAAUCUCCUUGGUUCUCAUUCUAUCGACCAAAUUUAUCAAGUGAAUGAUGGGAUCAACAAGAUGAACAGAGGAGUACUUAAAAAUAAAAAAGUUCUCAUUGUUUUAGACGACGUGGAUGAGAAAGAACAACUUAAAAGUCUAGCAGAAAGAGGUAAUUGGUUCGGUCCUGGUAGUAGGAUUAUCAUAACUACUAGGGACCAAAGUAUCCUAAUGAUUAAGGGAGAAGCAAUAGGUGAAGGCCUUGUAGAAAAGUUCACAAAAGUUUUGACUUACGAUGUACAAGAAAUGGAAUUUGAUCAUGCUCUUAAGCUUUUUAGUAGGCAUGCCUUUAGAAGAAACUCUCCACCAAAAGAUCGUAUGUUCCUUUCUCAGAAGAUUGUCCAUACUUUGGGAAAGCUUCCUUUAGCUCUCGAGAUUACAGGUUCAUCCCUUAACGGUAAACCCGAAGAAUUAUGGGUUGACACAUGGAAGAAGCUACAAGAAGCUCCUCCUAAGGAAGUCCAGAGAAAAUUGAUGAUAACUUAUAACAGGUUAGAUCGUACACAAAGGGAAGUAUUUUUGGAUAUAGCCUGUUUUUUUGUUAAUGAGGAUACAACAUGCCCUUUCUAUAUGUGGGAUGACUAUGGAUACCACCCACAUGUUGCCAUUGAUGUCCUCCUUCUCAUGUCCUUGAUAAAAAUCAAAGACGACAAAACUUUCUGGAUGCAUGACCAAGUGCGGGACCUCGGAAGGGAAAUUGUCCGUCAAGAGAACUUCACCGAUCCCUAUGAGCGUAGUAGAGUGUGGAACUAUGAUGAAGCUUGGAGCAUUCUGAAGGAGAAAGAGGGAAGUAGGAAAAUAAAAGCAAUGUCACUAAAAGGAUAUUGUGGACUUUGUGGAGGUACUUUGACAAGUGAUGAAAUUGCUCCAUUACGAAACCUAAGGUUCUUUCGAGGGAAAGGGAAGUGCCUCGUUGGAGACUUCAACAACCUUCUCCCUAGUUUAAGAUGGCUUUCUUGGCAAUUUUACUCUAGCCAAUUUGAGGCAACAAACUUUCAUCCAGCUAACUUAGUCGUUCUUGACCUUUCAUGGAGUACUAUUUCGGAGGAAUGGAUUGGCUGGAAACAACUUAGAGAGGCCAAAAAACUAAAGGUACUAAAUCUCAACUCAUGCGAAGAGUUAAAGAGAACACCCAAUUUAUCUACGUGGGUGUAUCUAGAGAGAUUGGUUCUUUAUGAUUGUAUCAACUUAAUUGAAAUUGACCCAUCCAUUGGUAAUUUGCGAUCUUUGUUGACCUUGAAUUUAUUAAAUAGUAACCUUAGCAAAUUGCCAUACUCGAUUGGAGGGCUAGUGAAAAUUAGGCAGUUGGAUUUAUCAACGUGUAUGGAGAUAAAGGAACUUCCAGACUCAAUUGGGGAAUUACAAUCAUUAGUCGAGUUGGAUUUGUCAUCAACAAGUAUUGGUCACCUACCCGAUUCAAUCGGCAAUCUAAAGCAACUGAAAGUACUAAGGAUGAGUGACAUAGAAGGGAUAACAAAAUUACCAAGUGCGAUUUGGCUAGUGGAGAAGCUUGAAGAGUUAAAUGCUCGGGGAUGUUACAACUUGACUGGUGAAAUCCCUAAAGAAAUUGGGAGAUUGACCCGUUUGAGGAUCCUAGACUUGUCGAACACGCAUAUAUGCGGAUUACCCACCACGGUGAAGCACCUCUCUAAUCUCCAAACACUUGAGCUAGAAACAUAUUCCAAACUACAAUUGCCGGAGCUUCCCCUAAGUUUGACUUGUCUGACAUGGGGCCAGUGGAGGUCCUCCAUAAAGGUACAUGGGCAGGAGCAAAACCGUGCUCAUCAGGAAACACUUGUCAUUACUCUUCCCACUAGCAUCAGUAGCCUAUCUCAGCUUAAAACACUAAAAUUGGGCUGCCAAAAUGUGCAAUUCCUCCCCCAACUCCCGUCUAGUUUAAGAGAGUUAGAACUUCGAGGUCUGGUGACCGCACAAUCACCGGAUUUUUCCAAUUUGAAAUACUUGUCAAUCUUGACAUUCCGAGUAUGUUCGCUAGAAUUCUCCAAUAUAUUUGAUGCGGAGUUGGAGGAACUCCGUAUAAAGCACUGUGAGCUUAGACAACUGGACACACCGUUGCAAAGGGAAAUGAAAAGAUUGAGAUCAUUAAAGAUGGUUCAUUGUGAGUGUUUUCCAGAAGUACUUGAUCUGUCGCGCAUGAAGAAUCUAGAAACGAUAAGUCUAGAAUUUUGCAAUUCAUUAGUCGAGAUUCGUGGCCUUGAAGAAUUGGGAUCCCUUUGCUCUCUAGUAAUCGAACUUUGCCCUUCCUUGAAGAGGAUGUCAGACCUAUCGAAAUUGAAAAAGCUACCGAAGCUCGAUGUAUUUGGUUGUUUGAAGCUAAAUAAGCAGGAAAUCUAUUGGAAUUAUUGGAAUGGAGAGUUUGGGGGUGACAUCUGCAACGUCGGCGGCUUCGAUUUGUCAUUAGUCCCCGACGAGCGCAGAAUUGAUGCAUUCUUCGACUCUUGCUAUUAUAGGAGCCGUUUAAAGCCAUGAUGCUGGAGAGUUUGGGGGUGACACCUCAAACGUUGCUUCCACCUCCGCCGUGGUAUAAUGAGUCCCAUCAGCGACUCCGAUUCGUCGUCCGCGUCCAGCAAGCUCAAACCUACCGCAUUCUUUGGCGUGUUGCCACUGCCUCCACCUCCGCCAUCACCUUUAGGAGCCCCAUCAGCAGUUGGAAUAUCGCAGCACCACGUUUCGCACCAUAACUUGCACUGGUAAUUCUAAAUUGCGCACCAAGUGUUUGCGCAAUUACCUCUUUCCUUGUUCAGAUCUGGAUAUGGAGUUUUGUGACAGGGGUCUGAUGGUUGAAGUUUAUGGUGUUGAGCUAAUUGGGAAAACUGAGUUUUGAUUUGAUUUGGUGUGCAGAUGGUGGUAAAAACCCCACAUUUCAAUAGUAGUUUUUGUUCACGCUCAUUGAAGAUCUUAGGGAGUUGAAUCUUGCAGUGUGGAACAGCAAUAUCCUCACUUUCGACAACUUCAUCGACAGUGAAAAGUAAUUGCUUCCUACCUUGAAUUUAUUUUGCUAACAAAACUAUUGUUGAGUUGUUUUAGAUUUUGGUCCUUGAGUGACUAGCGUUCUUAUCUUAGUUGUCUUUUCCAUGGUCUCAAGAGUUCGACUCCAUAAGGUUCUUUCUCAAAGCUUCGAUAAUACGGUCUGGCCUCUUCAGACUAAAAACGGGCAGGCACAAUCCAUUCCUAUUUUCUUAAGUAUGUAGAAUUAUUUAUCAGGUUCAAAAGCAAAAUACAAAAAAAAAAAAAAAAAAAAAGCUGUCAGACAAUGGAGUACAUAUGAUGACCUUUGUUUAAGGAUAGGAUGUGAUUUUUCUAAUUCAAUCCUAUGCAAUAAUAACUCGACUAGGUUCUAACAUUGCUUUUGAAAUUACAUGUCGACUGCCAAAUUGUUGUUGUUGUUGUGGUUGUCGUCGUCAUCAUCAUUAUUGUUAAAUAGGUUUGAUUGCUUGAAUAAUCUACUGGAAACUUGGGUGCUUCAUAGUACUGGCCACAUUUUCCAUAUCUAUUUUAGUGCUAGGGCAUGGCAUGUCAUAUUUGCCACCUUAUAUUGUUUUACCAUCUAUGGAUAUGAUAUAUCUUGUAUACUAGUUGAAAUAUGAGCUAUUUGCUACUAUUGAGUGUAUUAAUUCCUCCUAGGAAGCAAAAAUCCAGCACUAUUUAGUUCUCCCAAUAAUGACCAUUGCUGGCAUUAUGCUAGUUCUUCUAGCUAGAUUUUGACAUUGUUAAUUUUGCAAUGGAACAAGUAUAUUGCCCGUCUUGGUAGUGAGAACAAGGCCUUAGCUUUUUCCUUCUUUUUUUUCAAGAAUUUCAUUAGGUAUUUACUAACAUUUGAUAUAAUAGCUUUUGAGAUUUAAACAUAGUGAUAUGUCGAACGAAUUCUGUAAGGAUGAUAUAGACUACAUCCUGUAGUUGAACUAAUGGAGUUUUUACAUAUUCCCAAGGGAGUGAGGCUAGUGUUGUUCAGAACCCUUGAUACUGCUAGUUAAACUUAUGUUCCUAAAAUACUUUUGUGG